AUGAACAAAAAUUACACAGGAAUUAAUGGUUCACGCACUAACAUUAGUGAUGACGAAUCAUUGCGUGGCGAUAUACAUCCUUCUCAAUCCUCUAUCUUAAUAAAACUACCAUUUCCUCCAAUC